UUCAGUUGGUGGUUCAAUUACACGGGAAUGGCGAAUUUUUAAUUUUAGAAAAUAAUUAUUUCGCCUGGUAUAAGUUGGAGUGAAUUUUAAUCAAUUUCAUCUUCUCCAACAUGAAGCUAGUGCAUCAUGUUCUGGUGUACGUGUUGGCAUUGCUACAACGGGAGACUGUUGCGACUGUUAAAACAGAAGGAGAAGAUCACGCAGAUCCAAAGUUCACAAAAAUUGCCAUACCUGACAGACUAAUAAGGGCCAACGAUCCUGAAAAUUGGCAAGAUUAUGCUAAUGGAAACGAUCAUUGGAUGGUUUGGGAAGACGAAAUACGUACACAGAUACAGUUUCACAAUCGGCACGAAAUCUACAAGGGCAAACAGAUUGUCCUUCUUAUCUAUAAAUACAGCCCUUAUGCGUAUCCCACAGACAAAAAAACUUAUUUUAACAGGAUGAAGGCUGCGGCCGAGUUUGCCAGACACAAUGUACGCAACGGCAUUGUGUUGGCUUUACUGAACUACGUUGUUCACAAUGAAUACAUUAAAAUGAUGGAUCCCAUGACUCAAGAAAUCUUUGCUAAAAAUGGAGCCUAUCUUUAUUUUGAAAUGGAAAAUAAGAUACAAAUUUUCGAUGUUGUUAAUAAGGAGGAUUUGGAGAAGAGACAUGACACAUACAGCGGCAAAUAUAUAUUUACAAUAUACUACGAAAAGGAUGAUGAUGUCCGGAUUGGGGAGUAUCGGCAAUUUCUGAUGGGUCUGACUGAAGAUGACCAGGUUGUGGAGUAUCAGCAAUUUCAGUGGGGUCCUCUGAGGGAAUAUGUGAGUUUUUGGCAUGUAUUUACCGGUUCACAAUACAUAGAAUUAGUCUUCCUCAAAGUACAAAAGGAAUCUGUUCUCAAAGGUGACACCGAGUUUUUUCAGAAAAUAUGCAAAGGAAAAGAGGAGCCAAUGAAAUAUCCUGUGGUGUACCUGGAAUAUGAUAGAAAAGUGCAUUCCAUAACUUACCUAGAGGAGGAUUGGGAACAGGGGCCGCAGCUUGGGGAAGAUUGUACAGAAAAAGAGAGCAACGAUCCACUCCAAAAACCUUAAGGAUAAACCUACUGUAAAUAAAACUUCCAUG